GUCGCUUCUCGCUCGGGGUUUCCCUCAGAGCAGCAGCAGGGGUCGUGCGUCGCCGGGGAUUGGCUGGCGCUUGUCGCAGUCUCCCUUUCCCUCCCGCCCCCUGUCCAAUCCGAGCCUCGAGCGGCGCAGCUGCUGUUGGCAGGGGAAGAAAGAGGCGUGGGAGGCUUUGAAGUCGUGCGCGAGGGAGAUCUAGCUUUUCCCGCGCAUUUCCAACCGUCGUUACCUCAGGUUCCUACUAUUCCUCUCAUUCUUCUCACCUACUGUUUUGAGGAUUAUGGCCACUAGGGAGACAUUCGCCUUUGUCUUUUUUAUGUUAAUUUCUCCUUUUUACCUCAUUUCAGGUAACUCGGUAAGGUAUCAGGCUAGAGUUAAACAAAUGGAUAAGUUUACCAGCGAAUCCAUGAAGGCACAAGAAGCUCAACCUGAUAUUAUCAUCAUCCAAAAAGAAUCAGUAGAGGCACCCUUUGGAUCAUAUAUCCCCCAGGCUGUUCAAGAAUCAAAUGAAGUGGUGUCAAAAAUUCUUAGUGAUUUGCAGCCCAGCAAACCAGUGCUUUGGAAGCAGUUAACAUGGCAGAGGAAGAAGCGUUGGACACAUAACAAAAGGGGAAAGAAACCUUCCAAUAAAAGGAGAAGAUUUAGAAAGCAUUUGGAAACAAGUACAAAACCAAGGUUUGCAGACAGACAGGACUGGAUUCACAGAAGGUUCAAAAGGCAAGAAUGUAGGAUCAGAAACAUACAGAAUAGCGAAGACAAAAUCCAGAAAGCCAUAGAACAGAAAGAAAUCCUUAGAUGUGUAAGAAGUACCUAUUCUGGUGAGAAGGAGUCUAAAUCACAGGCAACUUUCACACAUUCCAAUGAUCGUAAAAGAAGAAAAGUCAAUGAAGUCAUCACUUAUAAUGUCAAGGAAGGACAACUCUUAGGACUAAAGGGAAGAAGAACAAGAAGAAGAAGAUCAACAUACCCAGGGAAGCCACACUUGGUUUCUUCAAAACCCUUUGAUAGCUAUAGUUCUUCCUACAGUUUGUCUUCUUAUUUUACCCCUAGUAGCUCCCAGAGUACAUUAUCAAGAAGAAUGAAGAGAAACGUUUCCAGUUUUCAUAAAAAAGAAGGUAGUUUUGAGGAUACAUUUUUGAUCAACACAAAAGAACAGAAAAUAAGAAGGAGAAAAAUGGAAGCAUUUCCAAAGAAAAGAGAAGCCAGAGAUACACAGUCGGUCAGAAAUGUAAGUCUUAAACUGAAAACCUUAAAAUCUCAAGAGAAAUUAUCUAACAUGGUAGACCGCCUGUCAGACCCAUCCAAUAACAUGUCAAAAGAUGAAAAACUCACCUACAUGCAUGAACUCCUAGAUGAAUUAAAGUUAUUCAUUAAGCUGUUGGAGCAGCAAAUACUACUACAGUCACUAAAUAACAUUGUUUAUUCAACCACAGUUUCUGGCUCGCAAAAGUAGAGAGCUCUAAUAUUGCUGAAUUUAAAAAUAUGUUGCUAUUUUGUUACAUAAAAAUCCUGAUAAUA